AUUAAAAAACUAAUAAAAAACAUAAAUGUACUAAAAUAAAACUAGCAUAAUCGUUCCCGGAUAUACUGGUCAUAUACCAUUCCACGAAAACAACGAAGACUAAUGUUAAAUAAAUGGAUAGAAGUUCCAUAUUCCUGGAUACGCAGGUUAUAUUCCUAGUAUAAAAAGUGAAAAUGUAUACGGUAAAACCUACGGAAAGUCUACUUAUAUGUCUAUAAAUAAUUAAUUACAUAAAGGAAUUAAUUUCCCUAAAGAAAUGAGAUACACAACUACUGUAAACCAAGAUUUUUAGGAUUAAAAAAUAAUUCUAAAAAAGGAGAUUUAGUGUCAAAAUGAAAUCUAAGAUGCUUAAGAAAAAUCACAUUAUUUACCAAAAAAAGAGAGAAGAUAUAUUGAUCCUAUUGAAUAUAAAGAGAAAUAGAUAAUUCCUGUCUCUAGAUGUAAUUUAACUUAUGAAGAAGCAUAUAAAUAAGCUUAUUUGAAAAAGCCUUAAGUCGUGUUCGUUUUGGGAGGACCGGGAUGUGGAAAAGGGACUUAAUGUGAAAAAAUUGUGAGAGAUUUUGGAUUUAAGCAUUUAUCAGCAGGAGAUUUGCUAAGGGAAGAAAUGUAAAGUGGAAGUGAGCAUGCUAAAUUAAUAGAUUAUUAUAUAAAAGAAGGGAAAAUCGUACCAAAGGAAAUUAUUGUUUAGUUAAUUAAAAAUGCUAUGGAAAAGCAUGGAUAGGAAAAGAACAAAUUCCUUAUAGAUGGAUAUCCGAGAAGUUGGGAAAACGUAUAAGGAUGGAACUCUGUUAUGGAAGAUAUUAUUGAUUUUAAGUUUAUUUUAUUCUUUGAUUGUAGUGAGGAUACUAUGACUAAAAGAGUCAUGAAAAGAUCUUAAGGAUCAGGAAGAAGUGAUGAUAAUCUAGAAUCAUUAAAAAAAAGAUUCAAAACAUUUAGAGAUGAAACUUUACCUGUUGUGGAAUAUUACAAAAAAACAGGACAUGUUGUAGUUGUUAAUGCUGAAGAUAAUCCGGAGGAAGUUUAUAAGUAGAUAUAAGGGGUUUUUAAAAAUAUUUGAAGAAAUUAUUAUAUUAUUUUUAUUUGUUUUUUUAUUUAUGUUUAUCAUUUUUUUUUUUUUUUUAAUAAUUCCUUUUU